AUGUGUUCUCCUGGGAAGAAGGGGACAUGGGGCUGGAAGAUUCCUCUUAUAUCAGCCUGCACAUCGCACCCCUCUAGUCGGUCCAGCGCGCUGAUCUCCAUCCUGGAUUCUGGAUUCACUCAAGCUUUACCCAGAUCUACAGUGACUGUGACACCAGACAGUGCUGUAUUCACUGGAGAGACAGUCAAUCUGAAAUGUGUGAUUGAGUCUGAUCACAGCUUCUGGACAUAUGAGUGGUAUAAUGACAGAAACUGUGCAAAUUUACAGUCUGAUGGUCAUUACACUGUAAACAGAGACACUCUCACUAUCAGAGGAGCUGCUGAGUCUGAUCAGGGUCAGUACUGGUGUAGAGGACUCCUAGGAUCAGUCUCAACACAAUCAUGUGCUGUUUAUCUCUCAGUGAAGGAGAGACCAAAGCCUGUAGUGAAGGUGAGACCAGAUCAGCGAGUGUUUAUUGGAGAGACAGUCACUCUCAAAUGUGACAUACAGACAGGAGGAAACAUUGAGUGGAUCAAAUACAGCUGGAUUAAAGAUGGAGACACUCAAAAACCAUACAGAACAACAUCAGCAGCAGAGUUGAGUUUCAGAGCUGAUUCUGUGUCUGUCAGUGGUCAAUACAGCUGUCGAGGAGAGAGAUCAGACUCACAGAGAUCAGACAUCAGUGCUGCUGUUACUCUGACUGUAUCAGAGAGACCAAAGCCUGUAGUGAAGGUGAGACCAGAUCAGCGAGUGUUUAUUGGAGAGACAGUCACUCUCAAAUGUGACAUACAGACAGGAGGAAACAUUGAGUGGAUCAAAUACAGCUGGAUUAAAGAUGGAGACACUCAAAAACCAUACAGAACAACAUCAGCAGCAGAGUUGAGUUUCAGAGCUGAUUCUGUGUCUGUCAGUGGUCAAUACAGCUGUCGAGGAGAGAGAUCAGACUCACAGAGAUCAGACAUCAGUGCUGCUGUUACUCUGACUGUAUCAGCUUUACCCAGAUCUACAGUGACUGUGACACCAGACAGUGCUGUAUUCACUGGAGAGACAGUCAAUCUGAAGUGUGUGAUUGAGUCUGGUCACAGAGACUGGACAUAUGAGUGGGUCAGUACUGGUGUAGAGGACGGAGAUCAGGAAGACCAAACUCAUCACAAUCAAGCUCUGCUGUUUAUCUCUCAGUGA